UCUAAGGCUGUAACAUGUCGACAAACAAUUUAAAAGUAGGCGCUGAAGGAAACACUAACCGUGAUUCCUUGAUUAUGCGAAGAAAGUGCUACUGCAGGUAGUACAGCAAUCCCACACGUAAAUGAGAUUAGCGGGUUAAUUUCCAUUAUUGUUGGUAAAGGUCAACAACAAGUUGGGGGAUUAACAUUCUAAGGUCACGUCACUUGUCACGCACGCGCAGUGCUGCCACCACCCGUUUUUGACAGCUGUCUACACGAAUGUGCGACGUGUAUGGCAGCAGGUGCGAAAAAUGCUACAAGUAUACGUCCCGACGCUUAGAAACCUCAAUAUUUCCGUUCCGUCGUAACUAUGAGGCGGUCUGAUCACUAAAGCUGACAUUUUCCAUUCAGAAACUCGCCGUAUCUUGACAUUAACCGUGCGCUUCCGCCGCGUUUUAUCUGUGAUAGUGUUGUUUUCAUUGUGAUGUGUAGUGUUAGUUGAUUUCUCCAACAUGUUCCACGGCAAACUGCGAAUACACACGUGUCGGGUCAUCCUCUUGACGUCGCUGGUCUGGUUCCUGGUGGACGUCGUCAUCCUGUCCUUUUACUCCGAGUGCCUGGGGGGCUCCUGCAAGAAGCAGCCCCAGGCGGCGGCGUUGAACGCAAUCGAGGACUACGACAACGACAACCUCCAGGUGGACGAGAACUUCGUCAGCAACGGGCACAGCAGUGGGGUGCAGUCGACGUACAAGCAGGCGGACCUGAAGAGGUGGCGGCCGGCGCCGACGGUCAUACCGGUGCACGGGCUUCCAGGGGAGAUGGGGAAGGCAGUGCAUAUUCCUCCUGAGAAGGAUGCGCUGAUGAAGGAGAAGUUCAAACUUAAUCAGUUUAAUUUGUUGGCUAGUGAUAUGAUUUCGCUCAAUCGGUCACUGGCUGAUGUGAGGCUCGAAGGGUGUAAAGAUAAGAAAUAUCCGAAGCUGCUUCCGACGACGUCAAUUGUUAUUGUUUUCCAUAACGAAGCGUGGACGACACUCCUGAGGACCGUUUGGAGCGUCAUCAACAGAUCUCCGCGGCCUUUACUCAAAGAAAUUAUUUUAGUGGAUGAUGCCAGCGAGAGAGAACACCUGGGCGAAAAGCUGGAAGAAUACGUAAAGACCUUGCCCGUACCAGUAAUAGUUCUACGUACUGAAAAACGUUCAGGUUUAAUUAGAGCACGUCUGCUAGGAGCGAAACAUGUCAAGGGUCAAGUGAUCACCUUCUUGGAUGCACAUUGUGAAUGUACGGAAGGAUGGUUGGAACCUCUUCUCGCCCGAAUAGUCCAAGAUCGAAAGACAGUCGUUUGUCCCAUCAUCGAUGUAAUAUCAGACGAAACAUUCGAGUACAUCACGGCCUCGGAUAUGACGUGGGGUGGCUUCAACUGGAAAUUAAACUUCAGAUGGUAUCGCGUGCCUCAGCGAGAGAUGGACCGCCGCAACAACGACCGCACCGCCCCCUUGCGCACCCCCACGAUGGCCGGCGGCCUCUUCUCCAUCGACAAGGAGUACUUCUACGAGCUCGGCGCCUACGACGAAGGCAUGAACAUCUGGGGCGGCGAGAACCUUGAGAUGAGUUUCAGGAUAUGGAUGUGCGGAGGCACCCUGGAGAUAGCAACUUGUUCUCAUGUGGGUCACGUGUUUCGAAAAUCCACCCCGUACUCGUUCCCGGGCGGGACGAGCCGCAUAGUCAACCACAACAAUGCACGACUCGCUGAAGUCUGGCUCGACCAAUGGAAGGAUUUCUACUAUAACAUUAACCCAGGUGCGAGGAGCGUACCGGUGGGGGAUGUUACUGGCAGGAGAGAGCUUAGAGAAAGACUGAAAUGCAAGAGCUUCCGGUGGUACUUGGAAAAUGUGUAUCCCGAGUCGCAGAUGCCUUUAGAAUAUUAUUAUCUAGGAGACAUUCGAAACGUCGAAACUAAGAAUUGUCUGGACACCAUGGGCCGCAAAUCUGGCGAAAAUCUAGGCAUGACGUAUUGCCACAACUUGGGCGGAAAUCAAGUGUUUGCCUACACAAAACGUCAACAGGUCAUGUCUGACGAUAACUGUUUAGACGCAAAUCAUAAAAACGGCCCUAUCAAGUUGGUUAGAUGUCACGGGAUGGGUGGUAAUCAGGCGUGGGCCUACGAUGACGUCGAAAAGACGAUCAAGCAUGUAAAUACGGGCAGUUGCCUCCAAAGACCAGACCCUAGUGACAUGAAUUUGCCACUGUUGAGGCCUUGCAACUAUAGUCCGGGUCAGCAGUGGAUAAUGGAGAGUGACUUCAAGUGGCAAGCGCGAAAUCACCACGACGAUAGAUAGAUAUGAAAUACCAUGUUGGCAACGUUAUUCCUGACUACUAGUCACUCGACUGAAAUUGCAUUUACCUAAGAAAUAUUUAUUUUUUUAUCGAUUUUGUUAACUUUCAGUAUUGAUUGAUUCGACAUUCCAUUAGGGCCUACUCACGCCGAGGCAGGUAAACCAAUUUCAAUUUGAAUAUAAAAAGUGCUUUUCGUUUCCCUCGGCCUGAGGCACUCAAGGCUAACGUUGCCAACUUCUUAGUGAUCGUUAAACGAUCGUAACUCUUCCUAAUUGUAAGACUUUAAUAAAUCUAAAAUGCAUAUUAUACAUCUAAAGUUGUUAUAACUGCCAUUUGUACAUAUAGCUAAAGACGGGUUUAUCCCCGAACAAUCGACACCUAUCACAAAUUAGGUUAGGUUUAGAGGAUAUGAGAGGGGACGCAUUUGUUUUACAGGUCUAACAGGGUUGAUUUGUACAACGAAUAGAUUAUACAGAUCUGUACAGCCGUACCAAGAUAUUACUAAUGACUUCCUUCUUGUAGUCGAUAGCUGAAGAAUCGUAUAGCAUAUCAAAAUGGUGCAAACUGCAAUAUGACCGUGCGGUAUAUCAAUCUUGCGACGGUUGUUUUUGUUUAUUUAGUAAUCGAUUUUUAUGUAGUGAUUGCCAUGAAAUGACUUUUGAUUAUUGUACAUCGAUUGUUAAUUUAUUAAAUAAUUUUAAGUGAAUUUGUAAUUAGUAGCAGCUAAUUAGUUCAUAUUGUUAAUAAAUCUAGGCGAUUUUUACUUAACAGUACUGUAACUUUUAAUUAGUUAAGUCUUGUAUACAUAUCCACAGUCUACUAAAUUUGUUGUUUUUCCAACAGACCGAAUUGUUAUACAUCAACCAAAAUUUUAUAGGCGUAGGUGGUGGUGCAAUCAAUAGCUUGUAUUACUCUGAACAAAAUUACAUUUAAUAAUAAAUUAUUUCAAAUACAA